AUGGCACCUACAAACGAUCGUCUGUUUAGUGAAAUAUGGCCAAAAUGUUUUGUAAUAUUUAUGGCUAUCAUUGAAUUAAUAGCUGUGCUUGUUCUUUUCAUAACUGAAUUUGGUAAUGUUGGAGUUAAUUUUUGGACCACAAAUGUAUUUGCUGGUGGUUGGUGUGGACUUAUUAUGCUUAUACAUGUUAUAUUGUUAUUUGUUGCUGGAUGUGGUGCGCCUAAAUUGCCACCUGCUUUUCGUGCAGUUAUUGUUACAGUUAUUGCUCUUGUAGCUUGCAUUACAUUAAUUGGAUUCGAUGCUUAUUUUAUUGCUCAACCUACAGCAUGUUUAUUAACUUCAUCAUGUACUACAAAUGCUGCAUCCAAUGCUACAUUUAGUUAUGGUUUUCGACAAUGGUUUUUUACAUUAAUGAAUAAUUGGGGUCCAUUUAAAACUUAUACAGAAAGUCAAGCUAAACUUUUCGUGCAAGCAAUGCAAUUGGGUAUCGGUGGUUUAUGCUUAAUUCUGUGCAUUAUUUAUUUAGUUAUUUAUUACGUAUGUACAAAUAAAUCUAAUGGACAAGUAGGACCUACUUUACAAUCUCAACAACAGAAUUACUAUGCACCACUUCACCCAAGUUAUUAUGCACCACCUAAACCAAGUUAUAAUGCUCCUCCACUUCAACAACAAUAUGUUCAACCACCAGCAACUGCUUAUCAUCGAACUACUUAUAUUCCACAAGCAGCACCAGGUGAAAUUCCUUGGAAUUCAAACAGACGAUAUUAA